AUGCAGGGACACAAUCUCACAGAGGUGACCCAGUUUGUUUUCCUGGGAUUCUCCAGAUUUCGUGAACAUCAGACCAUCCUGUUUGUGGUUUUCCUCGUCCUGUACACCUUCACCCUGGCUGGCAAUGCCAUCAUCGUGACCAUCGUCUGCACGGACCGCCACCUGCACACACCCAUGUACAUCUUCCUGAGCGUGCUGGCUGGUUCAGAGACCGCGUACACACUGGUCACCAUUCCACGGAUGCUGUCUGGUCUCCUAGCCCAGAACCAGCCCAUCUCCUCGGCGGGCUGUGCCACCCAGAUGUUCUUCUUCGUCGCCUUGGCCAUCAACAACUGCUUCCUGCUCACGGCCAUGGGCUACGACCGCUAUGUGGCCAUCUGCAACCCCCUGCGGUACACGGUUGUCAUGAGCAAGAGGGUGUGUGUCCAGCUGAUGUGUGGAGCCUCCGGCAUCGGCCUGGCCAUGGCAGUUGUCCAGGUGACCUCCAUAUUUACCUUACCCUUCUGUCACAGAGUGAUUGGACAUUUCUUCUGUGACAUCCUCCCGGUCCUAAAACUCUCCUGUAUUGAUACCACCAUCAAUGAGAUCAUCAAUUUUGUCGUCAGUUCAUUUGUGAUCCUGGUCCCCGUGGGGCUGGUCUUCAUCUCCUACGUCCUCAUCAUCUCCACCAUCCUCAGGAUCCGCUCUGCCCAGGGCCGGAAGAAGGCCUUUGCCACCUGCGCCUCCCACCUCACCGUGGUCAUCGUCCACUACGGCUGCGCCUCCAUCGCCUACCUCAAGCCCAAGUCGGAGAACUCCAUAGAACAAGACCUCCUCCUCUCGGUGACCUAUACCAUCAUCACGCCCCUGCUCAACCCUGUUGUCUACAGCCUGAGGAACAAGGAGGUCAAAGACGCCCUCCACAGAGCUGUGGGAAGAAACAUCUAA